AUGGCGUUGAAUCACGCUUCUCACAACCCUGCCGGCGAAAAGACUGGCCCAGCGACCGGACAGCCACCCCCACCAGCGAGUGACACCAAGUCCGCGAUCCUGAAUGCUGCCAACGGCGAUAUCGUGGGCCAGUCAGCGCCUGGAAAGGAUGGCGGAGACAAGAAUGGCGAAAAGAAGGAAAAAUCGGAGAAAGAGCUGGCAAAAGAGCGCCAAAAGGCCGAGAAGCUGGCGAAGUUAGCAGCCAAGCAGGAGAAACAGAAAGCGUUGCAAGCUGCAUCUCAGCCGAAGCAGAAAGAGAAGAAGCAGCAGGAAAAGCUGCCGCCGUACAAGGAAGAGACGCCCAGGGGCGAGAAGAAGAUCCUCAAGCCUUUGGAUGACGAGUACCACAAGGCAUACAUUCCAUCUGUCGUGGAGAGUGCGUGGUAUGACUGGUGGGAGAAGGAGGGUUUCCACAAGCCUGAGUUUGGGCCAGAUGGCAAUGUGAAGAAGGCAGGAUACUUCGUUGUGCCCAUACCCCCACCCAACGUCACUGGUGCUCUGCACAUUGGACACGCCUUGGCCACGUCCCUCCAGGACGCCAUGAUCAGAUGGAACCGCAUGAAGGGGUUGACUGUGCUCUACGUGCCGGGCUGUGAUCACGCUGGUAUCUCUACUCAGAGUGUUGUGGAGAACAUGCUGUACAACCGACGAAACGGUAUGACGAGACAUGAUCUGGGCAGACCCAAGUUUGUCGAGACCGUUUGGGAGUGGAAGGAGGAGUAUCACACAAAGCUUAACAAGGUGCUGAAGCGGCUAGGUGGCUCGAUGGACUGGAGCAGGGAGGCAUUCACCAUGGAUGAGAACCUGUCAGCUGCUGUACGACAGACUUUUGUGCAAAUGCACGAGGAAGGCCUGAUCUACCGUGCGAACCGCCUCGUGAACUGGUGCUGCAAGCUCACGACCGCGCUGUCUACCAUCGAGGUGGAUCAAAAGGAAUUGGAAGGCUCCACGAAGAUUGACGUGCCUGGCUAUGACAAGAAGAUCGAGUUUGGCAGUAUCUGGAAUUUCAAGUACCCAAUUGAUGGCACGAACGAGACGAUCGAAGUUGCAACGACACGUCCAGAGACGAUGCUGGGUGAUACUGGUGUUGCCGUGCAUUCAACUGAUGAGAGAUACAAGCACCUGAUCGGCAAGUUCGUGAAGCACCCCUUCGUCGAUCGAAAGCUGCCCAUCUUUGGCGACGAGACGGUGGAGAAGGACUUUGGAACCGGCGCCGUCAAGAUCACCCCAGCUCACGACUUCAACGAUUUCAAGCGUGGCAAGGAGAACAACCUCGAAUUCAUCAACAUCCUCAACGACGACGGUACCAUGAACUCGAAUGCUGGGCCUUUCCAAGGCCAGAAGCGUUUCGACGUGCGAUACACCGUCAUCGAUGAGCUGACCAAGCUCGGCCUCUACGUUGGCAAGGCGAACAACAAGAUGCAGAUUCCACUCUGCAGCAAGUCAAAGGACGUGAUCGAGCCUGUAAUGAAGCCACAAUGGUGGAUGAACAUGGAGCCGCUGAAGGGACCUGCUAUCGAUGUCGUGAAAAAUGGCGAGAUCAAGCUGAAGCCAGCAUCUGCCGAAGCCAGCUACUACCGCUGGAUGGAGAAUGUGGACGACUGGUGUCUCUCCCGUCAACUAUGGUGGGGACACCAAAUACCCGCAUACUACGUGAAGAUCAAGGAUGGCCCAGCAUAUGACAGUGACGCAGACUACUGGAUCUGCGGCGAGUCAGAAGCAGAUGUCAGAGAGAAGGCAGCCAAGAAGUUCCCUGGCAAAGAAUUUGAGCUGGAGCGGGAUCCUGAUUGUCUGGAUACUUGGUUCUCCUCUGGGUUGUGGCCUUUCUCGACGCUGGGCUGGCCGAAUAAGACGAAUGACUACGAGAAACUGUAUCCAACGUCCAUGCUUGAGACUGGCUGGGACAUUCUUUUCUUCUGGGUGGCUCGAAUGAUCUUCUUCGGAAUCAAAUUGACGGGCAAGGUGCCUUUCAAAGAGGUCUACUGCCACUCUCUCAUCCGUGACUCGGAGGGUCGCAAGAUGUCCAAGUCUCUCGGCAACGUCAUCGACCCUGUGGAUGUCAUGGACGGUGUGACUCUGCAGGCUCUGAACGACAAGCUCAAGGUUGGCAACAUGGCACCAAAGGAGAUCGAGCGUGCCACCAAGUGGCAGAAGUCAGCCUUCCCUGAUGGCAUCGACGAGUGCGGUGCCGAUGCGCUGCGAUUCUCCCUCAUCAACUACACGACCGGUGGUGGCGAUAUCAACUUCGACGUCAAGGUCAUGCGCAGCUACCGCAACUUCUGCAACAAGAUCUACCAGGCGACCAAAUACGUUCUUGGCAACCUUCCCUCAGACUUCACGCCUAAAGCCAAGGGUGGCAAGACAGGCAAGGAGUCUCUACCUGAGCGAUGGAUCUUGCACAAGUUCAACACCGCCGCGCGCGAUGUCAACGAGGCGUUGGCCAAGAGAGAGUUCUCACGCUCUACUCAAGCCGUACAUGGCUACUGGCUGGGCGACCUCUGCGACGUCUACAUUGAGAACAGCAAAGCCAUCAUCCGAGACGGAACCCCCGAGGAGAGACAGAGUGCGAUCGAUACUCUCUACACUGCGCUUGAAGGGGCUCUGACCAUGAUCCACCCAUUCAUGCCUUUCCUCACUGAGGAGCUCUGGCAACGCCUCCCACGCCGACCUGGCGAUGAUACACCCAGUAUCGUCAGAGCUGCCUACCCACAGUAUGACGCCAGCCUGGACGACCCCAAGUCUGAGCGCGACUAUGAGCUCCUCCUCGGCUGCUCGAAGGGUAUCCGCUCCCUCCUCAACGAGUACAGCAUCAAGGAGGAAGGCAAGGCGUACGUCGCACCUCUCAACAACGAAGCAUACCAGACCGCCCUCGCAGAGACCCUCUCAAUCAAGACCCUCUCCGGCAAGUACCUAUCCCAACUCGACGUCCUAAAACCAGGCGAAUCCGCACCAGCCGGAAGCGCCGUCUACCCCGUCUCCUCCGCCGCCGCCGUCUUCCUCGAACUUAAAGGCAAAGUCGACCCCGACGCCGAAAUCAAGAAGAUUAAGCCGAAACUCACGAAAUCCUCCGACGCCGUCAAGGAACAGGAGAAGCUGAUCGGCACACUGGGUGAGGGCGUUGGAGAGCAUAUCCGCGAGAAGGAGGAUGCGCGGCUUAAGGACCUCCUGACGGAGCAGCGGUUGUUUGAGGAGAGUCUGGCGCGGUUGGAGCAGUUGAAGCUGUAA